UUGUGGGCCCCAAACAUCUGUACUUGAGAACAUUCUCUCCUGACCUCUUUCAGUCUUUCACUGUUCUUUUCCUUUUCGUGCCUGGAAUCCUACUAUAUAAACACCAUUUGGCAUGUCCAUAUGAUAUAAACUAAGACAAAAACUUACUUGAAAGUACUAUUCUGUACAUCCAACACUCAAAAACUUAUUUUCUUGCUUAUUAUAACUUAUGGAGCGUAACCAAUUGCAUCGUCAAGCUGCUCAAAUGAGACAGUCCCUCUUCGACCAGGGAUAUUUAGAUGAGCAAUUUAUUCAGCUAGAAGAACUGCAAGAUGACACCAACCCAAAUUUUGUAGAGGAAGUCGCAACUCUCUUCUACAGAGAUUCUGGAAGGUUGCUAGCUAAUUUAGAGCAAGCAAUAGAAAGGAGCCCACUAGACUUUGUAAGGUUGGACAACAUCAUGCAACAGUUCAAAGGAAGUUGCUCAAGCAUCGGAGCCAAGAGGGUGAGAAAUGAAUGCAACCACUUCAAAGAGUUUUGCAGAGCAGGAAACAGUGAUGGUUGCAUGAGAACUUUCCAGCAGUUGAAGAGAGAAUAUACGACUCUUAAAAGGAAGCUUGAAUCCUACUUUCAGCUAGUUAGGCAAGUUGGACCAAGGGAGAUGGCGACACGCCCACGCUAGACGGAGGGAUUCGUAGGAGAAGUGGCUAGAAUUGUGAUUGGUGAAGUUUAUGAUACUGAUAUUUUCACCUGUUAGAGCCCUGCUUCUUCAUAGUUUACCUGAUGAGAUGGGAGAGUUUGCAUGUUUGCAUGUUUGGAUGUAAGAGAUAUAUGUUGUAUGCGUCUUAUAUUGAAUGAAAGCCGGGUUUAUUUACCAUAUUAUGGUGCAAUUUUUAGAUUUGUUGGAAAUUCAAAUUAUGGCCAAAGAUAAAGUCAAGUAAUAAUUUUUUUUUUCUUUUAUUUUUAAG